AUGUUUCCUGCCGUUCAAGAAACCCUACCCAGUCGUGACCCGCAAAGUACUCAGGUGUGGCUGGUUGGCAGUGGCAUUGCCUCCCUCUCCGCAGCUGUCCACUUGCUUAACGAUGCUAAGAUUCCUGGCGCCAACAUUCACGUGCUAGAUCUACAUACUUAUUCAGGUGGAGCUAUGAACCCGUAUGGCGAUCCACAGAGAGGGUAUUUCCUUCCAUUCGAAUGUCAUCCGCAUUUCCAUGGCAGCUGCAUGGAAAGACUUUUGUCUCUUGUCCCCAGCGAAACCCAGCCAGGCAGGUCGCUUAUGGAGGCUGUCCGAAACAAUGAAAAUUUUCAACGUCCAGUCCCUAAAAAUAUCGUCAACACACGUGCACUCAAGCUGGGUGACCUGGGACCAGUAUUGGUUUACACUGAGGGCAUUCACAUUGGGAUAAAGAAUCGAAUAGCACUGAUAAAUUUGUUGCUUACGAAUGAGGAUCACCUGGCGUCAAAGAGCAUUGAAGACGUGUUGGACAAGUCACUCUUUGGGACUACUUUCUGGAUGCUAUGGGCAACAAGCUUUCAACUUCAACCAUGGCACAGCGCUGCGGAGUUUAAGCGACAUCUUCGUAAAUACUUGGAGGACAUUCAGUCCCUCAACAAUCUCAAAACCGCAAAUCGAACAGAGUUUAAUCUCUAUGAGUCUCUCGUCCUCCCCAUCACGGGUUAUCUGAAAAAUGAAGGUGUCAACUUCCACUUCAAGACUGAGGUGACAGAUCUUCGAUUCUAUCCGGGAGAGCGACCCAAGCACGGUCAUCGGGAUUGA